UUAUCACCCUGGAUGAACAAGUUUUGUCACGUGACCACAAAUGCAAACGCCGAUUUAACAUUUCAGCAAUUACGGACCCGAUUUCAGCUAUCACGACAUUCAGGAGAGCCAGCUACCUUCAAGCGUUAACAUUAGGAGGAGCUAUUUCUCUGAAGACAGAUGGGGAAACUUUUAUCAGACAAGGUUUGGCUAAACAGGAUAGACCUGGUCAUUCAUCAGCAAAAAAUAUUGUACCAGCUUGUAAGACCAUCCAAGAAUCUAUCUAUCUUAAAAGAACUGAAUCCUUCAGACGUAAAGAUGAAACAAGUUUAUUUCUGACUAUAAAUGUACCUCAUUCUAAAGCUUCUUCACAAACUUUGGCUUCAUAGAUUCUUAAAACUAUUCAAGAGGCUUAUGCAGAUAAACAUAAAAGUGAAACAGCACAUUCUACAAGAGCUUUAGGUCCCAAUUCUCAACGCUGCAGAUUGGUCAAAAGAAAACACCUUCGUUAAAUUUUAUUUGAAACAAGUAACUCCAAGUGAUCUCACUGUGUAGUUCAACGUCGCUGUAUAGUUCAACCUAAGAAGAUUGAUUUUUUUUCUAAAUUUUUAAAUCAAAAUUUAUUCCCGACGGAUUUUGUGUGGAAUUGAUUUUUGAGAAGAUUUUACGGUUUUAUGUAUACAUGUAUAUAUGGGAUAUACAGAAGUUUUAUAAAAGUUUGUUAUUGAAGAAUGUUUUAAAAUAAAAAAAGAAGGAAAUAAGAGAGAAGUCUUUUGUUCAGAGAAUUGUAAUAUUUGCAACUUGACUUAAAUAGCCACCGGUUUAUAAGGAUCUUACACCGGCUGCCGGUACAGACCGGAAUAUCUGUCGAGUUUCCGCUAAACAGUUACCCGAGAGCUGGAUAUUCCCGUCUGUACCAACAGCCGGUGUUUGAUUUUUUUUCUUGCAUAUUACAUGUCAAAUAUUUUCGGAACAGGUAAUUUCAAGAACAAACUUAGAGUGGGUAGGUUUUAUACAAACUUCUUCUUUUAACCUGUGCAUUUUUUUCUUAAAAAAAUGAAUACUUUUUUAGAAUUUAAAGUACCUUUAUUUUCAUUGAAAAAAAUUAACAGAAACGAUGUAAGGAAUUGCAUGUUAUUAUGUAUUGUACUCAACAAUAAAAAGAAAAACACAAUCCAGAAGUAAAAACAAGAAUUCAUUUAAGUAUGUAUAAGUUAUCUGCACUGGAAAUGACCUCAAAUAAGUAGAAAAGUCUGAUUCAGGGGCAGAUAACUCAACAACGAGAACGGUGACCCCAAUUUUCUUUUCGCUUAAAAUGUUUCUGUUAUCAUAUUCUAACAACAUGCCAAGUUUAAAGAAAUUCUAUUGAACAGUUUUAGUUUUGCCUAUAUGUCCAUAUGAAAACUCCCGAAAACGUCCUUAAAUCAACCGGCGUUUGCAUAUUUUACAUGUUCAAACGACGUUUGCAAAUUAGACAAUACGGGGAAUAACAUGGGAUUAUGUCAAAUAUAACUUUGCUCAUGGAAUUAUAAAUGAGUUAGGGACGGGAAUGGCAUUUUAAAAGACAUAUCCUCUAUUAUUUUACCUCAACGUGUAUUUCCAGUGAAAAAAAUGAUUGGAAAAAGUAAAACCUAUCGGCGUUUGCUUUGCGAAAAGAACAUUUGUGUCGAAGUGUUCUAAAAAAACUACUAAAGUCUAGUAAUGACUACUCACAUAAAAUAAAAGCUUAAUUUACGCCGGGUCCUACGGUCUAUGUCUUAUUUUUGUGCUCGCAGUGGAAAAAAAGAUAUCUGCAAAUAAUUACCUGAAAUUGGGUCCGGCGUUUGCAUUUGUGGUCACGUGACAAAACUUGUUCAUCCAGGGUGUUUAUGCCCUACUUUACAAUCCGUAAGAUUUACUCCGGAAUCUGAUUAAUUACCGACAUAAUGUCAGUGAAUAUGUUUUAUCCUUGGACAGUAGGCACUAUACACAAGUUAAUAAUAUUGUAUUUGGAUCAAUAUUAGGCAGUGCGAUAAAAUGAUAAAGAGAUAAACAUGUAACUAUAUUAUUGACAAUACGAUAACAUUUAUCUCACUAUUCGUUAACUGACAAGGCAGUAUUGAACCUUUUCGUAACAAGUUUAAAUGGUUAUCAUAAAUAUAUUAAAAAAAAGAGAAAAAAAUUGUUAACAUGCGUAGUUUAAAAACACUUGAAAAGCAAAAAACUUGAAGAAAAAUUUCAACAUUCAAUUUUUGUUUUAAUUGAUUGUGGUGAGAUAUCGGAUUACAUCAUGUAUAUGUAUACAUAUUUUUGUGCUGUAUAGUUCAACUUAAAAACAAUAUUCUACAAGAUGGCUACAGGGGGACACAUAAAUACAGAUAUUCUUUCUGAUGAAAUAUUUGAUGUUUUAUGUUCAAUAUGUGUUAAUCAAGGCAUAAACACUGAAGCAGAUAAAUUCUGUGUAGAUUGUCAUGAUUAUUUCUGUGUAAAUUGCGUCAAAGUUCACAGUAAAGUGCCUAUGUGUGCUAGUCACAAGGUGUUGGAUAAAUCUCAAGUCAAGUCAGGAACAAGUAAAGGUCUCUUGUGGGCACCAGCAGAGAGAUGUGACAGACACAGUCAUAAACAUAUUGAUAUGUACUGUCAGAACCAUGAUAAAGUUGGCUGUUCUACAUGUGUGGCUGUUGAUCAUAGGUCAUGUCAGGAUACAUUCUACAUUCCAGAUUAUAUUCAAAACAAAACUCAAUUUGUUUCAAGUAAAACACAAACAAAACUAAUGGAAAUAAUCAAGACCCUUGAAGAACAAGCUGAUAGAUUUAAACAAGAUAAACACAGGCUGCUGAAGAGAAAAUCUGAAAUAUUAGCUCAUAUCAGAAAAUUUCGACAAGAAAUCAACGACCAAGUCGACAAGCUGGAGAAAAGUUCUGUAAACGAGAUAGAAGAUAAGGUCAAAUGUUUGGAAGACUUUAUUGAAGAGGGUCUCAAACAGCUUCAAGCAAACAAGGUCAUGGUUACUUCAGUUAAUGGUAAAUUAACACCUCCAAAUACAGAUCAAGCUCAAGUGUUAGUUUAUGUGAAGAUGGGGGAGGAAGCUGCAGAUAUUGCCAACAAAUGUAUAGAAGAUGCCAAAAUGAAAAGAACCGUAGCUCACAUAGAAUUUCAACCUGAUAGGACAAUUCUUACACAGCUAGAAAAAAAUAAAACCAUAGGUACACUAACAGAGCCUAGAAAGACUACUCGCAAAGUUCUUCAGACUAAAGGACAAUACCCAUAUUUUGUAAAUAUUAAAGUAAAUUCUGACGAAGACAACUGUUAUAUCACCAGCGCCUGUUGUAUGGAGGAUGGUAUGAUAAUCCUAGCCGAUGACAACAAUAAAAAGCUUAAAAAGUUACACAGUCAAAAUUACACAGUAAUAGACUAUUGUGAUCUACUCGAAGCACCAUGGCAAGUGUGUGUGAUCAAUAAAGCGCAAGUAGCAGUAACUGUGCCAUCACAAAAAGAAGUACAGUUCAUUUCUAUAGAAACACCAAUGGAAACAAUUAAAAAGAUAAAUACUGAUUUUGCAUGUUAUGGUAUUGCAUAUGCAAACAGUCACAUAUAUAUUUCAGAUGACACAUCCGUAUAUAUGUGUACAAUGUCUGGUAGGAAAGUUAAACGGUUCAGUAUUGAUCAAUCGAUACGUACAAUAUUAUCUGACAUAUUUAGUCCAUUCUUUUCUAAACCGUCGUGUGGAAUAUACAGUAUAGCUGCCAGUAAGGAUGCUACAAGGAUUUAUGUCGCUAAUGCUGAUAAUGGACUGAUAGUGCUAGACAACAAUGGUCGAGUUAUUAAAACAUUCAAUGGUCAACAAUUAAAAUGGGCUAAUUGUUGCUAUCUCACUGAAGCAGGUAGUGUGCUGGUAUCUGGAGAAAACUCCAAUAACGUUUUACAGUUAACAUCUGAUGGUGAAUUGAUAGGAGAGGUUAUAAAAGCUAAUAGUGGAGAAAGAAGAAUCAGGUCAAUCUGCUGCAAUCAACAAAUGUCUAAGAUGUGCAUAUGCAGACUUACGGAGAACAACAUUGAAAUAUACAAUAUCUAAUCACUUAAUGUUAGUAUAUGAAUGCAAACCGCCUUCUGUAAACAUGUUAUUUAAAGAGCACUAGUACUCUGAUGCAAAUUAUUUACCUAUAUAGAAAAUUUUAGAAGAGAUCAUUACAGUGACCUCAGAAGGCUAUUCCCUCUCGUCUUGCCCGUCAGCAACCCAGGAGUAAAAAGCAUGUGUAGGAAGAAAUAUUUAUGUUUAUUCUUCUUCGUUUUGUUAUCCAAAAGAACGCAUCAUGUUUCGAUAUAUUUGCAUGUUUACGUUAUUUUCAUUGAAGUUUACGGAGUUUUACAUCUUCAUAUUGUUUUAUCCCUGAUGUCAUAGGUUUGCAUCGUCCAGUGUAAGUUUAGAAAAGAAGUCAAGAAGCUAAUGUCUAAUAUUAAUAGAUGUAGAUGAUUUUAGCACAGGUAGGUAUUCAGCUCAUUUAUCUGGUCAAUAACGAUAAAAUUGCUUUGAAAUAAGUACCUGUUGAUUAUUAAAUUCAGCAGUCCUAUGCAUUAUUACGUAGGACCGGUGGGGACAUUUCAAUUUCAUGAAUUCCCGAUUUAAUCGUCCUGUAUUCACAAUUUUAACUUCGUGAAUUCACGUUUUCAACAUGGGAAUCCACGAUUUCAGCUUCAUAAAUUCACAAUUUCAACUUCACGAAUUUACGAUUUCAACUUCAUAAAUUCAAGAUUUCAACUUUACGAAUUCACAGUUUUAACUUUAUAAAUUCACAAUUUCAACUCCACGAUUUCAACUUCAUGAAUUCACGAUUUCAACUCCACGAAUUCACGACUUCGACUUCACGAUCGUGAAUUUGUGAAGCUGAAAUAGUGAAUACGUGAAGUUGAAAUCAUGAAUUCGCGAAGGAAAAUCGUGAAUUCAUGAAGAUGUGGAAUCGUGAAGUCGAAAUCUUGAAUUCAUGAAGUUGAAAUCGUGAAUUCGUGAAUAUGAAAUACGUCAAACUUCUGAUAAGGACAUCUAUUCAUUAUCUGUCUGUAAAAGACUCAAUCAAAACAAGCAUUUAAAGUUUUGUUUUCUUUGCACUCUUAGGAUUACCCUUUUCUAAUGUUGGCCUGUAAUUAACAAUAAAAAGUUUACUUUUAGAUAUUUCCGAUCUAUUUUAAUAUCUUUUGUUAUUGAGUAAGCACCAGAGAUAAUAUUUACAGAAAUGAAGAAAUGGCAUUAACAAAAGCUGUCUGAAGAGCAUCCGGUCCCACUUUUCUCAUUGCUGGAUAAUAAACAAAACAUGUUUUAAGUAAAGAGGCAAUUUUAAAUUAAAG